CGACAUGAUUAUCCUGGCCUCGCCGAACAGGUGAUACUGUGCUGAACACGGAUCGACCGAAUAUUUUUCUCCUUCAUUUUCAGAAGCAUUCUUUAGGCCUGCACACUACUCGCUACUAGUUUGCAGUGGUCGAUCGGCGCGCAGUCCGUGUGUGGACGUUCUCUUUCGCCGCCAUAGCGAGCCGCAGGCAGGAGCCUCUGCAGUUCUGGUCAUCAAGAGACGAGUUGGACGCAGAAGUCAGCUGCGAAGAUGUUCCGUCAAUGCCUCGGUCCGCGGCAACUGGAGGAGAUAGAUCGUACUGGCCAAGGAAUCAAUCGAUUUCCAGAGGACUUGCAUAGGCACAGAAAGCGCCUGCAGACGCUGAUCUUGGAUGGCAAUGCUCUGCGCGAGAUCCCAGCGAUCAUCGGCAACUUCAACAAGCUGCAGAAGCUCAGCAUCUCCAACAAUGAACUGGAGCAUUUGCCAGAUGCCAUUGCAAGACUAACGCACUUGCAGGAGCUCAAUGUCAGCCACAACACUGGCUUGGUAGAGGUACCACAGGAGGUGCAGUCAUGCAAGAACCUGGAGGUGUUGGACAUCAGCGCCACGGCAGUACAGGCCUUGCCCGACUCUAUGACGCAGAUCAGCACGCUCACGCACCUGACCAUCAAUGACUCCGAGCUGAAAAGACUCCCGUCGGAUUUGAGCGGGUUGUCCAACCUGAGAGUGCUGGAGGCACGUGAAAACAUGCUCAAGUUUCUACCGGUGUCAAUAGCCAGUCUGAAGCGUCUCCAGCGCCUUGACCUCGGUAGCAACGAAAUAGAGCAAUUGCCCCGUACAAUCGGGUGUCUAGUCUGUCUGGAGGAGCUAGCCCUGGACGAGAAUGGCCUCACAGAACUGCCGCCGGAGUUGAACGGUUUUGCAGCGCUGCGGGAGCUGGACAUCUCCAAGAACGCACUGGUCAAGCUGCCCACUGAGUUCUGUGAGCUGAAGUCCUUGACGGACCUGUAUAUGUCUGAGAACUGCCUGACGGAGCUACCCGAGGAGAUAGGUCAGCUGACUAGCUUGCAACUGCUCAAAGUUGACGGCAAUCAGCUCACGUCCGUACCGGAGUCUAUAGAAAAACUAACUGAACUGAGAGAGCUGGUGCUUUCGGACAAUGCGAUCGACACUCUUCCCACUGGCAUUGGUCGGCUGAGGAAACUGGAGUCACUGCACGCCGACAAGAAUCACCUGUCCGCCAUACCCUACCAGCUCGGAGACUGCACAGCUCUGCACAUUCUGACGUUGCGUGACAACCAGCUGACGGAUGUGCCCCGCUCCAUUGGUCAGCUGACCAGCCUGCGUGUCCUGGACUUGGCCUGCAAUCAGAUUCAGCGCCUGCCGUACAGUUUAGCUGAGCUGAAACUGAAGGCGCUCUGGCUCUCAGAAAGACAGAGCAAGUCUCUGCCCAAUCUGGAGAAGGCUAUCGACACGGAUUCCGGAGAUGUGUUCGCAGCAUGUGAUCUCCUUCCCCAACACCCCAGAGAAACAGAUUCAGAGUUGGAAGAUGAGCAGAAUAACCGGAAACCGAUUGACCCGGAUGAGGAGCGUCAUGUAGCGUUUGCACCAGACCCCAACAAGCCCGAGUCAGUUCCACCGAUUGUCGGUGAGAAGGCCAAUGUUCUGAUGCGUCAGAAGACACCAUACCGUAAUGAGUUGAAGGAGAUCAAGGAGGUGGCUCGCAAGAAGCACAUGGAGGAGAAGAGAGCAUCCGUUGCUUCCAGGUCUCUGUCUGUCAGCCCCGAUUUGCCACGUGAGCCGGCCGAGGCUAGCUUUGUGCGCAAUCCCGGUGUCAGUCUGGGCUUCAGCGUGGCCGGAGGCACUGGCGUAGACCAGCCGUUUAGAGAUGACGACGAUCAGGGUGUGUUCAUCACCAAGAUAAAGGACGGCGGUCUUGCUGAAGAGUCCAAACAGUUCAAACUCUGGGACAAGAUCCUCAAGGUGAACGACUUCACCUUCGAGGGGAUCAGCCACGACGAGGCGGUGCAGUUCCUCAAGACAGCGCACGGCAAGCUGCAGUUCCAGCUGAUGCGCGAGAUCGAGCCGAAGGAGGGCGAGCAUUCGGCCGCUGUGUCGGCCGUACCGGGAGCAAUGGUGAGCGGGCCGGCUGACUCCGAUGCCAGUAUGGUCAUUCACGAUGACCCGCCACCGCCAAAGGUAGAAAGCUCUGCUGCUGUGGCCGCCGCCGUCGCCACCGCCGCCACCGCGAAGGAUGAUGAUGCACAGGGUCACGAGAAGCAUGAGGACGAAGGCAUGGAAGAAGAGUCGAAGCUGACGAUGAGCAAGGAGGCGGAGGCCACUCUUGGUGACCUGGACAAGCACUUGGACGACUCCAUCGCAGACAACAAGAAGGAAGAGAUAGUGGACAACACCGAGGAGGAGGUGAUAUUGCACCGCGUGAAUCGCUCGUUGGGAAUGAGCAUUGUCGGUGGCAACGACAGCUCUUCACUGCCCUUCGCACCGGCAGGCAGUGCUGAUGUGUUCAUAUCCAAGGUCGUAACGAGUGGCGCUGCAGACCGAAGCGGCCGCCUGCGCAUGGGAGAUCGUAUCAUCAAGGUGGACGGACUGACGCUCAGUACCCAGAGUCAUAACUUUGCAGUAGCCGCUCUUGUCAACAGUGGUGACGUGGUGAAGAUGAAGGUGUUCCAUCACACUCAGCCGGCCGGACUCGUGCCCGUUGAGCUGCACCGCAACCCCGAGGAACGCCUCGGCCUCAGCAUCAAGGGAGGCGUCGACAGUCGUCCGGGCAAUCCGAUCGACAAGGAUGACGAGGGGAUAUUCGUAUCCAAGAUCCGUGAGCAGUCAGCAGCAUCCAGGUGCCCAGAACUACGCAUCGGACAGCGGUUGGUGGAGGUGAACGGGCAGACUCUGCUUGGCGCAACGCAUUUUGACGCUGUGGCCCUCCUGAAGGAGGCCACUAGUCCCGUCCGGUUGCUGCUCUGUGAUGGUUAUGAUGAGAAUCUAGCAAGAUCCGUCUCACCGGCCGACUCACUGCGCGAGUCUCUCUCCCACAUCAGCCCACCGUCGCCGUCCAAGCCGGAGGAGCUGCCCUCCCCGCCGGAGAUGGCCAACGGUGGACCAGUGAUGUCAUCACAGGAGAUGCUGCCACCACCACCCGACAGCAGCAGCGGUGACGACGUCAUAGAACAGCAGAGCGAGGCCGACAUGCCAUCUCCCCCGGCCGUCGCCGAUAGCUCCGACGUUCCUGCCGAGUCCGGAGAGGAUCUGCCACCACCGCCCAUGGAGGACUGAUAACAGACUUGAUCUUCCGAACACUAUCCUUGACUCAGGCCGUCUGUUUUACAAGUCCUGAUCAAAUGGAGAUUGAAACAGACAUGAUGGAAUGACAAACUUGCAAUGGACAAGACAACGGACAGAGCAACAGAAGAUAUUAGAAAACUGCCCCAUCCUAUUUUGAUGUAGCGCCGCAGCCCUCUGCACGAGUCACAAUCUGGUUACGCAUGCACACGCGUGCAAGCGUGGACUACCGCACUGGAGCUUACACAUGCAUAGCGUGACAAGCACACACACACACACACACACACACCUAUCGUAUCUCAACGGCUGUAAAUUACCCGACUGCUUCGCAAGUCGCACACAUCCCCCGUACUUUCACUUCUGUAGACAUGGCUAAAUGGAUUGGUCUUGCCUGAUUAUAGUAACAGAAUUGCCGAGCAUUUCGUAUCCUCACCGAUUGCGAACGAUUAAAUUUCUUCAACUGUUUAUGCCUGCAAUAGUUCUCCCCCAUGAAUAUACGUGUGGCUUAGCUGGAGGUGUUUUCCAGGCAAACAGGCUUCUUGUAAGUUGUAGUCUUGGCCUCUGCCGGCAGUUUUGAACAUCACUCUUGCUGAUGAUAUUUCAUCCCCCCCUCCCCCGUACUUUUCUUUUAGAUUUUUGUAUAGCUACAAGUCUGAGUUACUGACGAAGUCUGGAGAGUAUGAGUAUUAUAACAUGCUAUUAACACGCUAUCUGUGCCUAAGUUCAUUAUGCAGGUUGCGGCCAGUAAUCUAGCGUCUUGUAAUGCAAGCAUGCCUUGGCACGUUGUGUUCCGUGUAAAGUUCCUGAUAUUAAAUUUAAUAUUGUGUGCGUAGGUGUUUUUGACAGUCGUGUCCCUAAUUUCGUACAAUGUUCUUUUUUUGGUGUUCCUGAAGAAGUUAGUUGUGCUCCUAGGUGCAUGCCUGCCUGUGUCUGCCUACAGAUGUGCUUCUUGUCUUCUUCCUGCCCCGUGCUACAGUGUCUGAAUAUGUGUCUUGAUAUUUUCCUGGCUAGGAACAUGUACUUUGCAACGCU